UCUGUUUGAAAACUGGGCCCACUGAAUUUAUCUGUAACUGUUCUUUCCUUAUGUACUUAAAAAAUAAUGUUCUAGAAGCGUCUGUGGCAAGUUAGCUGCGUUUUUAGUUUUUGCUUUGCCUUUGGUUGUGACAGAUGGCGAAGUCGAGUGAUUGCACCAGCAAUUAAUUUCAAUAAAUAUCCAUGUUAAUCAUCAUCAUGGGAUUGAUCCUUCAGAGCCAGAUACGUUAUUGUUAGUAACUAAAAGUAAAGUACCAUUGCGAUGGAACAACUCAAACGGAUAAAGGGAGUGAGGGGCCGUCUCAAAUCCAGCCUCACCAAACUGCUAUACACAGCAGAAAACUCUUCCGCAUCAAUCGGCGUUGACGUGGAGGUACUGCUAGUCAGGCCCGACAAAGUUUGGAAUGAUUUCGAACUUGCCGGAGAUGAUCUGAGCGUGCUUGACGUCGAGGGCUGGGUUGAUCCUGCGGAUGACUACGGCAUGUAUGAGGCGAAGUACCUAAAAGCCCGUGCGCUUUUAUUUUCCCUCAAGCGCUCACAGAAGCCGACAACACCAACAACAAAGAGACAUGCAAAAGGAGACUCAAUAGCUAACAACGACGCUAUUUCUCGCUUAGUGCAGCAACAACAAGAGUUCUUCGAACGCCUCGAAGCAACUUUAACACCAACCCAGGCUGAAGCCGCGGCUCCAGUAAGGGAGACAGAAUUACCGAAAAUUCACAUAAAACCGUUUGGUGGCUUUUACAAGAUAAUCUACAACCGAUAUAUGAGGGGCACCGCAAUGCAACUUUUUUUCGAGGAGCCUGCUAAUAAUGGUCGCCAUUGCCGUAGUUCUUAUUAUUUUUUUCUGAAAAUUUUACAAAACAUUCUUCAAAUGUUGUACUUCAAUCUAAAAAUAGUUUAAAUAAAUAGAUGUUUACCAGAU